ACACUACUGGAAGUUCAUCCAACUGGGAUACUUGCUGUCCCCAGGGUGAGGGAGAAAUUCAAAGAAGCAGCUGAAACUCAGUUUCAGUCUAUUGGUGGAGUCAAGAAGUUUAUAAUAAGGAAAGCAAUGGAAGUUGGUCAAAGAAGUCAAGAGAAUAAGAUUAACAGAAACAAUCAAUCUGUGUUUGGAUAUGGACUGGCCAACAGACUUGUUUUUAAAAAUUUAAGGGAGAAACUUGGACUCGAUCAAUGCAGAUUCUGUAUUUCAGGUGGUGCCCCUUUACCUAAAGCAGUGACUGAUUUCUAUGCUGGUUUUGAUAUAGCUCUAUUGCAGUUGUAUGGAAUGUCAGAGACUUCAUCAGUAGCAACUGUGAACACUCUUGGUAACAGAUAAGCUUUCAAUCAGCUACACAUGUACAUGUACAUUGUAUUAGAUACCUUAAGGAGACAAU